ACAGAAAGCGAGAGAAAGGUCAGUCGGGAUGAGCGGAGGUUGACUCCUGGUGACGUCACGCAGAGACGGAGAGAGCAGGGGGAAAGGAGGAGGCAGACAGAAUGGCUGCCCAGUGCCGCAGCUCCAAAUGCACCGUAGAAAGGAAAGGAUUCAGGCGGGAACUCGAUACCUGGCGGCACAAACUGAUCAACUGCGUGGGGUUCGAGAGCAUUCUGGAGGGAAUCUAUGGCCCGUUGCUGCUCAGAGACCUCAAUAUUUUUGAUGACUGUGAACCAGAGGAGCUAGAGGACUGGGCAGUGAAGGCCAGUUGUUCCUUCUGCAGCCUGCUGAUCAAUGACCAUGUCCCAGUGGCCGCCUCCCCCCUGCCCUCCCCCUCAGACGACACGCCCGUCCAAGCCCCUUCCCUCUCGGACAGCAGCCUAUCAGCUCACAGGUUCCUCCACGCUGUGUUCCAUAAGAAAGAGCUGGCGUCCAGCGGAGACCCUAACGUUCCUCUGGUGGCCCAGGAACUGAUGAGGAGGAUGGUCAGGCAGUUCGCUAUGGAGUACGCCUCCAAGACACGCCUUACCACCUCUACCAUCACAGGCUCCCAGCGGUCUGACCUCGACACACCGCUAGACCUCACUGUGACACGGAACCAGGAGGAGGAACCCACAACAGCGGACAGUGUGCUCGACCUCUCCAAGCGGAACUCUGCCAGCUCCGCCUCCACGUCACCCACCAUUCACAAAGCCUCAGGCUCCCUGUUGCCCACGGUUACGGAUGAGCCCCAGAGGGAAGCAGAGGAUGCCGGGAUGCCCGAUGCCCCAAGUGGGAGGAGCUCUGCUCUGGAGGCGGUCCGCUCCUCUUUAUGCCCCGCCCAUCGCUCUCUGCUCCAGCGAAUCCUGAGGCUCGCCCACCAGCAGCACCGUCUAUCAUUGGCCUACAGGGACGCCCAUCGCCGCCUAGCCCAGCCCACAGACCCUCUCUGCUGCCACCUGGUGGCCAAACAACAGGACGACACUUCCUCGCCUCCUCCCUUUACUGAGUGUUGGAGCCGUAGUGGAGCCUCGCGUCAGACUGACUGGAGGACACCAGGUGGUCCAGGCUGUUGCUGUGUGCAGCGCUGCAGGCUGCCUCCUGUCUGUUUCUGCCUCCAGAGACUCCACUGCCUGUCCUGCCAGAGCCUGUCCCUGGGACACAUGACCACUGGGGUUCGCUCCUCCUCUUCUCUCUGCACUUUCACCUCCUCCGCCUCUCUUUCAUCCUCCGCUCUGUGCACUAACCCCUCAGUCUGUCCCGUGGCCUCUGUCUGUUGCUCCAACCCCCAGCCCUGCGCCUCCUGCUGCUCAGAACACACCUACCUGGCCCCGGUCAGACACACAGCCCCGGGAGGAGGAAGCGAGUGCCCUGUCCUCAAGAGAGAGAGAUCCCGCACCCCCUCUCCUCCCCCUCUCUCCCCCAUCCCCUCAGACAUGGACGGAAAGGAGGAAGACAAGCCUCCCUCUCUUCUGCAGCAGGAGGGGGAGAAAGAGGAGGAGGCCGGGUGUGGUGGGGAGGUGGGUGAGGACAGGGAGCAGCAGGACCUGGUGGAGCGAUUCAGUGACAAACUAAAGACAAUCAGACCCCAGGAGAAGGAUCUCCCCCUCAGCUCUGCCUCAGCCAAUCACAACCUAGAGAAGGAUCCCCACCUGACGACCUCGGCCAAUCAGCACAUAGCAGAGUCCCAGGCCGACGCCCACCUGAGUGAGAUCAUCACCACCGUUCUGAACACGGGUGGCGACAGCGACUACAGCCUAAACGACAUGUUGCAUCACCAUGACAACAACGAGAGCCAGCCACCUCGGACGCGUUCCCGGCGGCGACAGGAGGCCAUGACGACUCUGCCCGACCAGUCGUCCACCCGGCGCCAGACCGUGCUAAUCAAACGGGAGCUGGCCAGGCUGAACCAAUCGCUGGGCAGGAGGCUGUCGCUUGGGAAGAACAAGAGCCGCAGUACCAAGCCCUUUUCUACCUGCUCCUCACCUGAACCAACCCCUGUUACAGCAGAGAUGGACAGAAUCACAGAGGAGGAGGGAGAGACCGAGAGGGUGAAGGAGGGAGAGACCGAGAGGGUGAAGGAGGGAGAGACCGGUAGAGUGAAGGAGAGAGAGACCGAGAGGGUGAAGGAGGGAGAGACCGGUAGAGUGAAGGAGAGAGAGACCGAGAGGGUGAAGGAGGGAGAGACCGGUAGAGUGAAGGAGAGAGAGACCGGUAGAGUGAAGGAGGGAGAGACGGAGAGGGGGAAGGAGGGAGAGACCGGUAGAGUGAACGAGGGAGAGACCGGUAGAGUGAAGGAGGGAGAGACCGGUAGAGUGAAGGAGGGAGAGACGGAGAGGGGGAAGGAGGGAGAGACCGGUAGAGUGAACGAGGGAGAGACCGGUAGAGUGAAGGAGAGAGAGACCGGUAGAGUGAAGGAGGGAGAGACGGAGAGGGGGAAGGAGGGAGAGACCGGUAGAGUGAACGAGGGAGAGACCGGUAGAGUGAAGGAGGGAGAGACCGAGAGGGUGAAGGAGGGAGAGACCGGUAGAGUGAAGGAGGGAGAGACCGGUAGAGUGAAGGAGGGAGAGAGGGUGAAGGAGGGAGAGACGGAGAGGGGGAAGGAGGGAGAGACCGGUAGAGUGAAGGAGGGAGAGACCGGUAGAGUGAAGGAGGGAGAGAGGGUGAAGGAGGGAGAGAGGGUGAAGGAGGGAGAGAGGGUGAAGGAGGGAGAGAGGGUGAAGGAGGGAGAGACGGAGAGGGUGAAGGAGGGAGAGACCGGUAGAGUGAAGGAGGUAGAGACCGGUAGAGUGAAGGAGGGAGAGACCGGUAGAGUGAAGGAGGGAGAGACCGAGAGGGUGAAGGAGGGAGAGACCGGUAGAGUGAAGGAGGGAGAGACCGGUAGAGUGAAGGAGGGAGAGACGGAGAGGGUAAAGGAGGGAGAAAGGGUGAAGGAGGGAGAGACCGGUAGAGUGAAGGAGGGAGAGACGGAGAGGGUAAAGGAGGGAGAGACGGAGAGGGUGAAGGAGGGAACGACGGAGAAGGUGACAGCAGAGGAGGCAGAUCCAGUGAGAGUUACGAAGGAUAGAGUCGGCGUGAAGGAGGAGAUGGAGAAACCCCCAGUUCUCUCCUCUACACAACAGAGUCACCCGCAGGAGGACCAACACAAACCAGAGAGCUGGAACAUCACCUGUCAGGACAGCAGUAGGAGUGACCUCCCUGAGAAGAGGAGGAGAGAGGAGGAGUCACCAGGUAGUACCAGCAGCACCUGUGACCAUGACCUCCCUGAGAAGAGGAGGAGAGAGGAAGAAGAGGAGUCAGUAGGCUGCAGCAAGGACAGUAGCAGAGUGUCAGCCAGGAUUAGCCCGUCCCACCCCUGCAGAACCAGGAGAGGCAGGAAGUCCCAGCCAGGCAGCAGCAGCAAGGUGGUGGUGGGGAGGAGCAGCGAGGCUGGGAGGUCCAGGAGGAACAUCGUCCCUCCCCAGCGGUUCUCCUCCUACGUCACAGAGCCCAGGAUGAUGUAUUCUGUUGCCUGUUUCUCAGAGAGAAUCUUCUCCGCCCAGAGGACGCCAAAGGAUCGGCCGCCACUAAAUGGCCCCAACACCAAUCACACAGACUCCCCAUCCUCGGCCACAGACACGGCUGAGGUGUUGUGCGAAGCAAGAGAAAAGGAAUUACCGCUGGCAUCCAGUCCUGAGGUUGUCAGUCAGGAGAGAAGGGGAGGCAGAGGCUGUAGAUCAACAGCAACGGGUCAGAGUUCAGACCGUGAGUCACAGAGACGAGGUCAGGUGAUUCCUGUCACUGCAGCUUCCUCUGAGCAGCAGAGUCCCCCUAAACACCGCUCCCAGAACACGGCAGACGUUAGGCUCAGAGCAGCCAAACCUUUUGGGCGCUUACGCUCCUCCCAACAGUCCCAACCAGCGAGCCCUCGCACAGCCUCCAGGCCAGAGGGUGAGGUCCCCACAGAGCAGCCUCAGUACACCAGCCCCAUCAAGCUGAUGUUUGUGUCUGCAGUAGUGGGUGAGGAGGGGGUGAGGUACACCCUGAAGGCGGCUGCACCAGGAUCCAGCUGGCAUGGACAGGAGACAUUUGACCCCUGUGAGGAGUCAUCGUGGACAGGAAGUCCAGAGAAGACCCCAGAGAAGACUCACAAUCCACCUAAGACCAGGAGUCCCCUCCAGACCAGGAGUCCCCUCCAGACCAGGAGUCCCCUCCAGACCAGGAGUCCCCUUAAAACUAGGAGUCCCCUCCAGACCAGAAGUCCCCUUAAAACAAGGAGUCCACCCAAGAACACUGUAUCGUCAUCACCAAAGCUGUGUGGAACGAUGAGAGGAGGAGAGGGAGGUAGCCCACCAAAACGCUCCCCCGGGUCCCAGAACGGAGAGGGCCCGCCUCCUUUUCGUGAAACCACCCCCACGAAGAGACGUCCGGGACGUCCCAAGAAGCUAGGUCCCCAGCUGGAGAAGAGGGCCAAGAGGCCGAUCGGCCGCCCGCCCAAGCAAAAGGGUGUAGAGCCGAGCUGUGGCUCCAGGCAGGGUGGUCAGGACCGAUCCGGUGGAGAUCCCUUAGGCUGCAGCACCGGGGAGGAGGGCAACGAGCAGAGAGACCCAGCCAACAGGAACCUAAAGAUCACCGUGGUGUACGGACGCUCCCACAGGACCAAGAGGACAGUGUCGGAGGAGGCUGCUUGUCUCCAGGCUACAGAGCAGCUGAUGGAUCUGAACUUCGUCAGACCGGUGAAGGAGAAGAGGUUCGCUCCCCACGCCAGCAACAGCAGCAACAUUAUCAAGUGCCAGAAGCUGCAGUGUACCGCGGCCAUGCGUCGUCCAGGGAGACCCGCCAAGGUCAAGAUCUCCGGAAUCUCCGUUACCGUCACCACCACGUCGCCGGGGAAACGCAAGAUCCACAUGAACCGGGACGCAGCCAGGAAAUCUCCGGAAAAGCUCUGUCGGCGGAAAGCCCUCCUUCCUGAACCCCAGCCUUCCAAAGAGCCAAUCAGCAGCACGCCGACUAGCGAGGACGCCACUCGGAUGCAGAUAGAGAGAACGACAGAGUCCAAGGAUGGAGAGAGGGAGCGACAGACCCAGACUCCUCCUCUGUUGGCGGUGCGUCACUCCGUGAGGGUGAGGAAGCCUUCAGUGUACCUACUUCACUCUGUAGCCACCUCCACCUCUAGGUCCCUGAGCCACAGUACCGCCCUGCUGCGCCGAUCCAGACAGCUACUGAUCAACAGGGCCAGCAGCCAAGGCAGCCAUCGCAGGAGGAGGGAGGAGGGAGGAGAGGACACCCCAAGGCAGGAGGAGCUGCUGUCUGGGAGGGAGGAGAGGAGCGAGGGAAGAGGAAGGGUGUUGUGUGAGGACCUGAGCCAGGUGGCGGGGGUUUCGGUAGACUCCAUUUUCCCGGCCAGUUCCAGCGAGGCGUUGAGGUGGUGGCCCGUUUCCUCCGACCAGGACAGCCUGAACCAAGAGCUGGCUCGCAGGAUCCGCCUCAUAUCCCACAGCUGGGUCACUUCCGCUGCCGCUACCACCCACACCACCAGGACGGGGACGAUCACGUACGCCAAGCAGACACUUGACGACAACUCUUUGUCCUCCUGGAAGCCAGAGGUUGGGUCGGCAGUGCGGCUGCUGUUUGACCAGCGCUGCAGCGUGGAGAGGCUGGCCUCCUGGUUCAUGCAGACCACUGAGACUCAGUCUCUGGGCAUUGUGAAGAAGACCAGCUCUCGAAACCCCUACGAGCUCCUGCACUACCCCCGGACCGCCAGCAGGGGGAGUGUCUUUCCCAGCCCGCAGACCAUGCGACUACGCAAACACAUCAAGAAGUUUGCCAAAGCUGUGCCGAAGAGCCCCGCCCAGCUCCGUCUGGCCCAGGAACGGCUCCGACGUGGAAAAGAGCUGAAUGCCAGGCGGUGUCUGUUCACUGCGAGGCCGGCGUCAGGCGGGCUGCGUCUCAGAGCUCCUUGGAGGAAGGUCAGGGCCCUCGGGACGUACAGAACCACUCUGCUCAGAGUCAGAGAAAAGUUUCUCACCUGGACCCUCAGAGUCAAGCGGCCCAACAGGCUGAGGUACAACCAGGCGAUCUGGAGGAGAAGCCCGGUGGAGGUAGGCAAAUCACCUCACCAGGUCUGGCCUUCUGCUCGGCCCAGGGAGGAGCUCACCUGUUCUCCACAUCACCACUGUCUACCUGCCGCCUCAGAGACCAGUCAGCCCUGCGGCCCCGAGCAGCCGACAGGCCUCACCAAACAGCAGCGUCUCAGCUCUAAAGCCUGGAGUCCGGAGAGACUGAAGGAGUGUUGCGUGUUCCUCAAGAAGAUCAACUCCCCCGACACAGAGUCCACCGUGGAGAAGGAGUGGGACGUCUGCACCGUCAAUCUAGACGACACGUACUGCCCCGACGAGACCCGACAGGAGGAGAGGAGGGAAGAGUACGACAAAGCUGUGAAAACUGAGAGAAGGAAGAGUAGAGUUCCCUGGAAGGAGUCUAGCGGCUCGCCGCAGGAGGUGAUGGUUCAGGAGCACAACCGGGUCCGAGCCGGGAACAGGAGAGGCAAACAGAAAAAUUCAGGGAAAGCCACGAGCCAAUCACCGACCCCGCCGCCAACGAAAGCCACGAGCCAAUCACCGACCCCGCCACCAACGAAAGUCACGAGCCAAUCCCCGACCCCGCCGCCAACGAAAGCCACGAGCCAAUCGCCGACCCCGCCGCCAACGAAAGCCACGAGCCAAUCGCCGACCCCGCCGCCAACGAAAGUCACGAGCCAAUCCCCGACCCCGCCGCCAGCGAAAGCCACGAGCCAAUCCCCGACCCCACCGCCAACAAAAGCCACGAGCCAAUCACCGACCCCGCCGCCAGCGAAAGUCAUGAGAAAAUCGCGUGGGAGGGGCCUGACCGGGCCGCGGUGGCGUGACUUUAUACUGGGAACCUGACUGUCCUCCGUCCCGUCUCCACGGCGACUGCGUCGUAUAACUGUAUCGGGGACGCUCCUCCCUCCGUCUCCACGGCGACUGCGUGGAAACGACUCGGUGCCUUCAGACUGUCCCUCGGGCAUUAUGUAGCAGAAGGAAAAGUUUAACCGGAAGAAGCUUGACAUUGCACUAUUUUUUCAACUGUUCAGUUCCCCCCCCCACUGCUUUAAAAAACCAAACUAUGUAUAUGUUUGUACAGAAUGUUUUAACCUUUGACCUUUCUUCUGUCUUGUCUGAUACAACUACCAACCCCCCGUCAAGUUCUGUUGUAAUGAGCCUGGAGGCCCGUUGGCAGAGGACACAUUCAGACUCAACUCUGAGGCUCACAAUGGCACCCUAUUCCCCUAUAUAUAGGGCACUAUUUUAGACCAGGGCCAUAUAAAUGUUCAGGUCAAAAGUAGUGCACUAUAUAGGGAAUAGGGUGCCAUAGGGCUCUGGUCUAAAGUAGUGCACUAUAUAGGGAAUAGGGUGCCAUAGGGCUCUGGUCUAAAGUAGUGCACUAUAUAGGGAAUAGGUUUCCAUUUGGGUCUGAUUCUGUCCAUGAUGUGUGCACUUCACUUUAUAAACGUUAAAGGUUUAACUAUCAGCUUGGAAGGGAGUUUCCACCAUCUUACUAACACUAGUCCAGAUCCACGAGGGACACGUCAGUGUGGUCGGUGGCAGAAUUAGGUUUUUAGUAAUGCUCUGCCACGGCAGCCAUUUUGUAUGAAGGUUAAUGUGUGUCUGCUGCAUUAUAGAAGCAGCACCAUGAGCCGCCUUGGUCUAAAGUAGUGCCCUACCAGAGCCGCCUUGGUCUAAAGUAGUGCCCUACCAGAGCCGCCUUGGUCUAAAGUAGUGCCCUAUAUAGAGAACAAGGUGCUAUUUGUGACUUAAACCCUACUACUUCACAUCGACUCUGUCCAGAAGCUACGGGCUCAUCUCUAAGGACACCGUAUCCUCGACGAAGUACACUACUUUGGACCGUGGGGUGAAGAAGACGAGGACGCCGAGGAGAAUGUGACCCGGGAUUCCUCCGGGAACCACCUUCUAGUGUGCUUGACAUUUUUUUUAAAGCUAAAUGUUGAUCUCUGCUAACGGGGCGACGUGGACUUUAAUCCUGGACUUUUGUCUUUUUAAACGAUGUUGUUGUCGGGUUCUUUGGGCUUUUCUGUCUGUUUUUUGGUUUUUCACGCAGAGCAUUAAUGAAUUAAACGUGAAGGAGAUUA